GAAAUAUUUAGAGUUAUCUGUUUCAUUUCUAUAUUUCGCCUUCUGUUUGUUUUCUUUUAUGGAUUCUGCAAUUCGAUACCCUCUCUCUCUCUUUCACUGCGUACUAAGUUUUUUUAUUCGGUAGAUCUUUCUUCGUUUCUACUCAUGGCAUGCUGUUCUAUAUGAGGUCAAUUAAUCGAGGUAAGAUUUCGAAUUUUAUGUUUUGAGGAGCGUUAUUGAUGCUGAAGAGCCGUAUAUACUUGUAUAUGUUUCGAUUCUGAAUUUUCAGUGAAACUGAAGUUGCAGUGCGCAAAUUAUUGAAAAAUAUGCACCUCUUAUUCCUUUUCUUCUAUUUUCCCCUUUUUUUCUGGGUGAGUUGAUCAAGGUUCGAUCCUAAGCUUGUAAUUCAGCUACUUAAUGAUUGGCGAAGUGUAUAAUUUAUUUUUUACUUAUUUUAUUACUAUAUGAUGAUAAAAUUUUGAAUAUGAGCUGGUUAAUGGAUCAUUAGAUUGUGUGAUCCAUUUUUGAAUUGAGUCGUUAAUCGUGUUACAUUGGCUGAUGUAAGAUUCAUGCAGGCGCUAGCUGUUUAUUUGAUUUCUCAGCAGUAAUUACUGUUGUUGUCGAUUCUCUAUUAGAACUUGUAAUUUGUUCCGUGUUUAGUUGCUGUAUUUUGAUUAUAGGUGAUGAUUUGCUUCUGAUACUUGUAUGUAUGGGACAUUCAGUAAAGCUGAAAUUUCUGAGGACUAGGAAGUAGGAAUAAUCACUGCGUUUAUUCCACACGAUUGCUAUUGUUUUGUACUAGUACUUUUUUGUACCUUUUCUGAAUGUCAACUUGUAACGGUGGUUCAGUUCAUUUGCUUGUUGUUUCUGUCGAUUUUUGGCAAAUGGAUGGAAUUACAAAAGUUCUGUGCUGAUGGUUGUGCAUAUCCCUGGGCUUCCUCAGCUGAAGUCUUUGAAGUGAAUGCGUGCUUGGUCAAAGUGGCUACUGUUGGAUGACAACCACUGAUUGCAGCUACUAGAGGCUGCACAUAAGCAUGCAGACACUAUUUUGGUUAAUAAUCUAUGAUUCUUACUACAAAAAACCAGUACUUCACUACAUACUGUAUUACUUGGUGAGCAUUAGCGAAAAUGAGUGCUCAGGUCACGUAAUUGAAGAGCACAGUCUGGACAGUGUUGAAACCUCUUUUAAGAGGGUGGACGUCCAUUGAACUAAAUUUUCUCCUCAGAUUUUGUAAAUCAAAAUGGAAAGAUAUAAAAUUUUGACAGAGCUUGGUGAUGGAACUUCUGGAAUUGUAUAUAAAGCAAUAUAUAUGGAAACAUCCAAGAUUGUUGCAGUCAAGAAAAUGAAGAGAAAGUUCAAUUACUGGGAAGAAUGUGUAAAUCUACGGGAAGUUAAGUCUCUGCGGAAAUUAAACCAUCCUAAUAUUAUCAAGUUGUUGGAGGUUGUUCAAGAAAACAAUGAGCUUUUCUUCAUAUUUGAGUAUAUGGAACACAACUUAUACGAAAUAAUGAAAGAUCAGCGAAAAUCUCUCCGGGAGGAUGAGAUUAGAGGCUUAAUGGCUCAAUUGCUUCAAGGGCUUGCUCAUGUGCAUAAACAUGGAUAUGUUCAUCGGGAUCUGAAACCUGAGAACUUGUUGGUGACAAAUAACAUAAUAAAGAUUGCUGACUUUGGAUUGGCUAGAGAACUGUCAUCGUCACCUCCUUUUACUGACUAUGUUUCCACUCGCUGGUAUCGAGCUCCGGAGGUAUUGCUGCAAUCUUCAUCAUAUACUCCUGCCAUUGAUAUGUGGGCUGUUGGUGCAAUACUUUCCGAGCUUUUCACUUUGCACCCUAUUUUUCCGGGGGAAAGUGAAAUUGACCAACUAUACAAAAUUUGCUGUGUGCUUGGGGCACCAGAUUGGAGAGCCUUUCCUCAGGCUACAAACAUUUCUCGAUUAGUGGAUAUCUCUUAUUCAGAAGUUAUGCCCACCGAUUUCUCUGAUAUUGUUCCAAAUGCAAGUUUGGAAGCCAUAGACUUGAUCAAGAAACUCUGUUCAUGGGAUCCGUUAAGGAGGCCAACUGCAGAUCAAUGCUUGGAGCAUCCCUUUUUCCAUGUUACCAUGCAAAUCCCGCGUGCACCUGUAGAUGCCCUUAAAUUGAAUCUGGGACCCGAACCAAACCUCGAACUGAACCUCUGGAACUUUGGCGCUGCAGCAGAUGAUUGUUUUCUUGGCUUAACAUUGGCAGUUAAUCCCAGUGCUGCAAACUUAGAGAAAGUGAAGAAAAGUCAAGAUAUUGAAGAGGACCUAAUGUUCUGCUCUAGUUUCCAAGAUCAUUCACAGCAAUCAGUUCUCUGGUCGCUGUUUCCUUCCGAUCACAGCUUCAUUCCCCCAUCAGUCCCCUCCUCCCUAUCAUUAUCUUUCAGCUCAGUUUCACACCCAUCAAUAGGGGAUUCACAAUCCGAAGGUUUUGCCAGGAAACCUUUUCAGCCAAAUACCUUGGAUCAUCCCUUACUAGCUACAUGCUCCCAUUUCCAGCGCGGUGGUUACCAUUGAAAUUUUUAUAGGAUGAUGGGGUAGGUGCAUGACCUACCCCAUCAUCGUAUGUGGUGGAUGUUGGCUGCUGUUUUUCUAAUGAAUGUAUUCUCACUUUGAUCUUUUUUUUUUAAUGAGUAUAACUCUAUUUCACUUCUA